AAAUGUCUCUCAGCCAAUGGAGUUUAAGCACUCAGACACUCCCUCAAAUGGUGUAAACUAGCUGGAAAUCUCUUAAUCCACUUAAAACACUAAGGACCUAUUGUGUGAACUACCAUGGAAACUACAAUUCUAAAGAACAUCACAACACUUCUGCUUGUUUAUUUCACACAGUCGUAUGCUGAAAGGAAAGAUCUCUCUGGGAAAAUGUUCACCUUUCCUGUGGAGUCUGAUACAGCUCAUGUAAUCUUGGAUCCCAAUGAGAGCAACAGUCUGACUGCAGUGACGACGUGUCUACGUUUUUUCUCAGAUCUGACUAGAGCUCAGAGUCUUUUCUCUUUUGCCACCCCUGCCAGUCCGAAUAGCUUCCUUUUUUACAAACAAGUGAACCAUGUGUAUGAAAUAAAUGAGUAUGACAAUGUUGUAUUAUUUAGGGGAUUAGAGGACAUUGCCAAUAGAUGGAAUUCUGUUUGUGCUACUUGGAAUUCUCAAACUGGUAUUGCCCAACUGUGGGUAAAUGGGAAACCAAGCACACGAAAAGGGGUACGACGAGGAAAAGAAAUCUCUGGAACACCCAGCAUUAUCUUGGGUCAAGACCAGGACAGUUAUGGGGGGAAGUUUGACAAAGCACAGUCUUUUGUGGGAAUGCUUACAGAUGUGCACAUGUGGGAUAAAGUUCUUCCUUAUCCUGAGAUUGCUUUAUACAUGAACGGCAUUCCACAGAAGACUGGUGGCAACGUGAUCAACUGGAGCUCACUCGACUUUACCAUUAAGGAGUAUGUGCUCGUAGAGGACUUUGUAAAUGGUUUAAAUGGUUAAAAUGACAAAAAAAUGGUUAAAAUGACAUGACAAAAAUGCUUCACUACAUCAUGAAAUACAACUUUCCCUCUGUUUUCCUAUAAUUUGGGUCGAAAUCGCUAAAAGUAGCUUUAUGCUUUUGUCUUCUCUCUAGUGUUUUCUUAAUGCUUUAUUCCAGAGUGUUUACUGUUUUACAUUUUGGAGGCAAUCCAUGGUGUAUAUUGUUACUUCAUUGCAGUAGGCUAUUGCAGGGCAUCUGCUACACUGUGACUGAAUAUUUGAUUUAUGAGCUCCACCUUCAUCACCUGCAUUUGCCACUCUGUGUCCCAUUUCCCCAUCGUCUGGUUGACUCAGUCCUCUUUUAUGAAGUUUGCCCAGUUUCACUACUGCCAUCUUAUUUGCCCACCUGCUGUCUGAAGCACUUUUGUUCUCAGCCAAAGUGUACCCAAGCAAUUUUAGCAAGGUGGGAACAUACAAAAUGACAUGCA